AUGGCUAUUUCAACUUCAAAGCACCCAAAAAAGAAUAUUAAACAUACUUUGGCACAUACACUGCAGAAAUGGAAGGAAACGCUGAAGAAAAUUACUCAUGAGACAUUGAGCAGUAUUGAUGAUUCCAGUGGAAGCGAUGAAAAAAUAGAGGCACUGUUUACUGUGCCUCAACCUGCCGUCGCAACCUCAAAGGGCAUAGAUAGAGAUAGUGGUGCUUCCAUGACUCAAGCAGGAGGAGGUGUCAACAGUACACUAGAGAUGAAGCUCACGGAUGAAAGUGAGGAGUCUAGUUCUGCCAAUAACGCAACCACAACCACUUCGCAUACUUUAUCGAAUUCCAAAAAGUCGAUACAGAAUUUUGAAAACUAUAAUGCAGUAGAGGAACGCAUAAAAUUGGCUCAAAAAAGCAGGACGCCAUUUUGUAAUGCUGAAAAAAUCUGGAAACGAAGAAGGCAGCUUUGGACGCAACCCACCGAACAGGACGGAAGUAUCAACAAUGAUGGAGCCACUCGCAGGGAGAUUUUCCAAGCUAUACCUCAGGAAUACUAUGCUCGUGUUUACAAGAAAUUGGUCGUGGACGAUAAGCCGUUAAGGGAGCCACUAAAUCUGGAAGACGCCUUGCAGGUCAUAAAUGCGGGCUGGACGGAAACAAAGAAAUGGGCAAACGCUGCCAAGGGCAUGCCAUGA